CGGGAAGGCGAGGCUGGGACUUCUUGGAGGCGGAGGUGAGCUGCCCGGAUUGAGGCCUGUCUUGCGCGGCCUCCCCUCGAGGGUGUGCGGUGCGCGGGGACGGUGUCUCCUUACACACCGCCGUGGCCGGGCCUGGGUCCCCUCGGGGAGCCUCAUGCUCCCCCAGACCCUGCUCCGGGCUCCAAGCCCUCCUCUUCUGGGGGUGCACACAGGGCAAGUUACCCCUUGGCUCUAAGGGCCAGCGCCAUCCCAGGGGUUUUUUGUACUAAACUGCAGGAGACCCUACAAGUAGAUGAUGCUUCAGAAGCCCCUGCCUCGAACGCUGGCGGCUUGCAACUCUUUCUCUAGUAAUACUCCUAGAGACGCCUGUUUGGAGGGACAUGAGCCCAGCAGCGGGUGCUAGCCCCAGCUGCACAGUCGCCGCCCACUUCGCUAGGAAAGCCUCCUGAAGCGGUUUGGUCUGGAGUUUCUGGAAUAAUCUGAGCUGUCUCUAGGCAGCAGGAGAGCAGAGCUUCCUCCCUGGACCAUGGGGAGUGCCCUCUGUGUUUAUCCAAGGCAGAGGAACCACAUGAUCACAGAUGGGCCGAGUGUUUUGAGACCUUAGGUGUCUGCUUCCCAGAUCUCUGCCUUUUCCCAGAGGGAAGAAGAAAACAAUGACCAAGCUACAGGAGAUGGUGACGUUCGGGGACGUGGCCGUGGUCUUCAGCGAAGAGGAGCUGGGGCUGUUGGAUACUGCGCAGAGGAAGCUGUACCAGGACGUGAUGCUGGAGAACUUCAGGAACCUUCUGUCAGUGGGGUAUCAAUCUUUCAAACCAGAUGUGAUAUCCCAGCUGGAGACGGAAGAAAAGCUGUGGGUGACAGAGCUCCAGACCCAGCAAGGAGGCUGGAGUCCAGACAAGGAGCCUCUCCAUGCAACAGGAUUGAGGUGCCUGUUGCUGGGGGAGCUUUCAUGCUGGCAAAUCAAGAGCCACGUUGUGAACAAACUUGCCAGAACUCCAGACUCCAGCAUAAGCACUCACGGAGAGAGCUCUCACUUCCCCCAACAGUGUGGUGCUUCCUGCCUCGGGGGGCCAGAAGGAGCUGCUCUGGCCUCUCUGGAUGAUGACUAUCUUGCAAGCCUCACAGGACAUCAUUCUAGGAGUAUUGAAAAUCGAGACUUUCCAGCUGGGAGAGCUCCAAGUUCUUGGAGUAGAACACAUCUGGGUGAGAGACAGAACCAUCAGAAACAUGAACAGACCCAGGUGAGAAACAAGCUACAUCAGCUGGCUCCGGGUGUUGACAUUCUGAGUUGCAUUUCACACCACAACAAUAUGCUGCACGGAAGAGACAAAGCUCACAGCAACAGUGAGUGUGGUAAGGGAGUCCUAAAGGUGUCCCCUCUUAGCCAGCGUCGUGUGUACCUAGAACCGAAGGCCCACCAGUGUGGUAACAGUGAAGACGCCUUCAGUGACGGCCCUAGUCUUGAGCUUCAUCGGCCGGCCCACCUAGGAAAGAAGUCCCCUGUAUGUGGAACACAGAAAGACAGCAAGCAUGGCUCCCGAGCUCCUGUCCAACCAAACAUCCACCCAGGGAAAAAGCGCUACUGGUGUCACGAGUGUGGCAAGGGUUUCAGUCAGAGCUCAAAUCUGCAGACUCACCAGAGAGUGCACACAGGGGAGAAGCCCUAUACUUGCCCCGAGUGUGGAAAGAGCUUUAACCAGAGCUCACACCUGUACGCUCACUUGCCAAUCCACACAGGUGAGAAGCCCUACAGAUGUGACAGCUGUGGGAAAGGCUUCAGCCGUAGCACAGAUCUGAACAUCCACUGCCGAGUCCACACUGGAGAGAAACCUUAUAAAUGUGAGGUGUGCGGGAAGGGCUUCACGCAGAGGUCACACCUCCAGGCCCACGAGAGAAUCCACACAGGAGAGAAGCCGUAUAAAUGUGGAGACUGUGGCAAACGCUUCAGUUGUAGCUCCAAUCUUCACACCCACCAAAGAGUCCACACCGAGGAGAAGCCGUACAAGUGCGACGAGUGUGGGAAGUGCUUCAGCUUGAGUUUCAAUCUUCACAGUCACCAGCGGGUCCACACGGGAGAGAAGCCAUACAAAUGUGAAGAGUGCGGCAAGGGUUUCAGUUCAGCUUCAAGCUUUCAGAGUCAUCAGCGGGUCCACACAGGGGAGAAGCCAUUUCGCUGCAACGUGUGUGGGAAAGGCUUCAGUCAGAGCUCGUAUUUUCAAGCCCACCAGAGAGUCCACACCGGGGAAAAACCCUAUAAAUGUGAUGUGUGUGGGAAGCGCUUCAAUUGGAGUUUGAAUCUUCACAAUCACCAGAGAGUCCACACAGGAGAAAAACCCUAUAAAUGUGAAGAGUGUGGGAAAGGCUUCAGUCAGGCCUCAAAUCUGCAGGCUCAUCAGAGUGUCCACACCGGGGAGAAACCAUUUAAAUGUGAUGCUUGCCAGAAGCGGUUCAGUCAGGCCUCCCACCUCCAGGCCCACCAGAGAGUCCACACGGGGGAGAAGCCCUAUAAAUGUGAUACCUGUGGGAAAGCCUUCAGCCAGAGGUCAAAUCUCCAAGUCCAUCAGAUAAUUCACACUGGGGAGAAGCCGUUCAAGUGUGAGGAGUGUGGGAAAGAAUUCAGUUGGAGUGCAGGGCUCAGUGCUCAUCAGAGAGUCCACACAGGAGAGAAGCCCUACACGUGUCAGCAGUGUGGGAAAGGCUUCAGUCAGGCCUCACACUUCCACACGCACCAGAGGGUCCACACCGGAGAGAGGCCCUACAUCUGUACUGUCUGUUGUAAGGGUUUCAGUCAGAGAUCACAUCUUGUGUACCACCAGAGGGUCCACACUGGAGGGAAUCUGUAGGACCUAAGGUUUGGAGCCACCGUCCAGUAGAACUCACUUCACAGCUUCAUCUCCUCUCAGAGUCGUGCUGCCAACUGCUGGAAGUUCUCUCUGAACCCAGAAGUUCCAAAGAAUCUUCAGAGAAAAGAAGCUCCCUCAUUUGGGAGAUCAAUUCUUUAUAAAUGUCAGAUUUCACAGAUGAGAGAAAAUUUGUUCUAUAACAUAUGAUCACUGCUUAUGCCAGAGUUCCAAAGUGUUGCUGUCCUCAAAAUAUGACACAGCAGAACAAUCCCAGCAUCCAUUCAAGUCUACCAAGAGAGGCCUUGGGAAGAACUUCAGAGUGUGGUGGUCGACAGAACUGGUAUAGCUCAAAUAUCACUUCCUCGUAGGAAGCUCUGCUGUAUCUCUGCUGUGCAGAGCUGUGUGCCACUCAGGGCCCAGCCAUUUCUGAAGCAAGUGGAGAAAGUCACUAUAAGUAAGGCCCAUAUUUGUAAACGCUAGCCAGUUCCCAACCCUACAUUCAUAUUCAUAUUCAUGCAUAAUCCUAUAAGUAGCCUUAAAAAGCUUCAGAAAAGCAUCACCAGUGUCUCAGGCCUGUAGUGUAUGGCAGGCCCCAUGCAGCCUCUGUGCUUUGUACAGUGUACCAGUUGUGUACAGUUUGACUUUUAGCAUUUGUACUUUGUAGAUUUUAAAAUGCUGUUUUUAUCAGACUAAUGACACUACAAUGUACAUGAUUUGGAAUCUGGAGUCCCAAGUUCAUUGAGACAGGUUUUAUAUAACCAGUACUGCAAAUGUUUUUUACAGAGUGCUGAUGACAAAAAGUUUUAGUAAACUUGAA